UGGAGUAAUCUUAACGGUGAUGAUAGGGUCUGCAUGGUAGUUUAGAGUAAUCUUAACGGUGAUGAUAGGGUCUGCAUGGUAGUUUCCGAAGGUUUUAGGGCCUACAUAUAUUAUUGAUUGCAGAGGUCUGGUUGUUAUUAACCAUAGUUUAAAACGAGUGGCGGUGGGAGAGGGUGAGAGCGAAGGCGAAAUGUGCCCGGAAAAUGAAAGCGAGACGCUGGUAGAAGCGGCGCUAAGAGUGCUAAAUACAGAGGACCCAUUUGAGAAGGCUCGACUCGGCGACUCGGUUGCCUCUAAAUGGCUUGACGGAACCAUCACUCUCCCCUACAACCCCUCUCUCGACCUCCCCGUGCCCGAUCGCCCCGCCAGGCUCACCAACGUGAAAUUGGUGUCGCCAAGUUUAAUGCCGAAGCUCGGUAAAGCGGGGAGCCUGCAGAGUAGGCAGGCCAUUGUGCAUAGUAUAGUGCACACUGAGAGUUGGGCCAUUGACUUGUCUUGGGAUAUAAUUGCUCGUUUUGGUAAGCAAGAGGCUAUGCCUAGAGAGUUCUUCACAGAUUUUGUGAAGGUGGCUCAAGAUGAAGGCCGACAUUUCACUCUCCUUGCAGCACGGCUAGAGGAACUAGGCUUUUCUUAUGGAGCAUUACCAGCUCAUGAUGGCCUCUGGGACUCAGCCAUAGCAACAUCCAAGGACCUGCUGUCGCGUUUGGCAAUUGAACAUUGUGUCCAUGAGGCCAGGGGACUUGAUGUGCUGCCUGCAACAAUUUCUCGCUUCCGUAAUGGAGGUGAUAACAAGACGGCAGAUUUACUGGAGACAGUGGUUUACCCAGAAGAGAUUACUCAUUGUGCCUCAGGAGUGAAGUGGUUCAAGUGGCUAUGUUUGAGGUCUAGGAAUCCAGCUUUAUUUCAAGAUAGCUUGGCAUCUCUAGAACACGAAGCAGGAGAAAAUGGAUGUGCAAUAGAGGAGAAUGAAGUGGUUAUUCAGAAGUUUCAUGCCAUAGUAAGGACAUAUUUUAGGGGACCAUUGAAGCCGCCGUUUAAUGAGGCCGCAAGGAAAGCUGCUGGUUUUGGUCCUCAGUGGUAUGAACCACUUGCUAUCAAAGAAGCUGCUCCAGACUGCCAAUUAGUGAACUAAAUUUAGGAAGCAAAUUAUCCAUGAAGAUAAUAAACUUCUUCUGAAGUUUAGUUGUCAUAUGCUUAGUGUUGCUGGUUAUCCCAGAAAGAUGAUAGAUUAUUGAUUAAUAGUUAUUAGUUUCGACCAAUUUUGGUCCUCAGAACACUAUAAAAACCCAAGGGCUGCUUUUGAUUCAUCAGCUCCCAGUUCGAAUUUUGCUUGUGUUCCAAGAGAAAUACUUUAUAUGUUUUCUUUAUUUCUUAUGUCUUUUCAGCAAAAACGAUGUAUCUGGUGAGAAAUUUUAAAAU